GGGGAGCGCAGCUGCGGGCGUGGGGGUGGUAGCAGCCGCGGAGCCGGCGCUGAGAGCGGCUGCGGCCGGAGCGGGCGGCCGAGACAAAGACGACGAUAGGUCCUGUUGUGAGUCUGUGGAUUUCUGAGUGAAACUUCAACCCAAGUGAGAAGAAACCUUCAAGGAACAACUACUGACAGUGAGUCUGCAGUCAUUUCUAUGCAUAACAUGGAAUGUUUUCGACCCAGAGAGAGCGACGUGGAUGACUCUGUUGACAAAGAGUGACUACCUGAGCCAAGACAACAUUUAUACCUUCCUGGUGGUUCAGAAACGAGACUUUGUAGAACCACAAGCAAAGAAAGGAAACAUUCUGUCUUUUUCUUAAUUAAUUUGACUACAUAAGAUACUUGACUUCCAGGAACAAAAACACAGAGAAGUAUUAAAAUUAUUAUUUUGACAUCAUUGGACAUCCAUCAUACUGAGGAGUGUGCUUUGUGAAGCUUCCCGAGUAGAGAUUUGGAAACUCCUUGGUGCUCAUUUAUACUUUGGACUAUAAGCAUGAGUGAAUUCUGGUUGUGUUUCAACUGCUGUAUUGCAGAACAGCCUCAACCUAAAAGGCGUCGUCGGAUUGACCGAAGUAUGAUUGGAGAACCAACAAACUUUGUACACACAGCUCACGUAGGAUCAGGAGACCUGUUCAGUGGAAUGAAUUCAGUUAGCUCCAUUCAGAACCAAAUGCAGUCCAAGGGAGGCUACGGGGGUGGCAUGUCUGCCGGGGUGCAGAUGCAGCUCGUGGACACGAAGGCAGGAUAGCCCGCCCUUCCCUGCGAUGGCGUCUUGUCCAUCCUGUUGUGACCCUCCAGUGAGACGUACUGUUCCGCCGAAGAAGCUCCUGUCGGAUGAAUCCUGCGUUUCCUUCAGCCGGCCGCAUGCCUUUGACGCCUGGACAGAGUUUCUUAGAUUGUGGCUUAAAUUUUAUUUUUUAUCAACAUGGAUCUGACCGUAGCAUGAUCUUUUCUGUGAAUGCUAGCACUGUUUUGCAUUUUUUCCCAGUUUAACAUUUCUUUUUCCGCCUGCCUUAUGAUUUUAUUAGUAAGUAAGGACCUGCUAUUUGUUAACUUGUCACCAUUUAUGUAUAUUUUGGAAGGUAUGAGACCCUCAAGCACAAUGAUCAUUGUUAGUCACUUGAAACUUCAGCAGAAUGGAUGUCUGCGUGCUCGAAGCUGCUGCGUGUGGGAGCCCCCGGGCUGGCGAUACUGCUGCUAUGAGAGAGGUUAGCUGUGGUGCCAAGUCACCCCGUGUCACACAGAUGGUAACUCGUAGCUUAUUAGAAAUACGACUUUUGGUCUGUUCAGUGAGCAUUCUAGCACAAGGCAGGUUUGCGUUUGUCAGGCCUUCAUUCUGCUGUGAAUGUUCACAUUCAUUGGGAGCGAGGACCUGGCGGGAGCAGGAUGGCUGCGCGUCCCGUGUUGUGGUGACGCCUCCAUCCGGCUCUGGGCAGCAGCCGCUCACUUCCCUCCGCUCACUCCGCUGGUCCUUGUUUUAAUGUCAUGUCGUCCAGUAGAGUGUGUUGAACUCCUGGCCUCUCCUGGAAGUUGCCACUGAAAACAACCUGUCUGGUGACUUGAUGGAAUUGGUGAGAAAACCUUCGCUUUGGUUGCGGAAUAUGUUUAUUCUUCCACAAACUGUAUUUCAGAUGAAUCUGUAAAUGCUUCUUCUUCCCCACUAGGGCAUAGCAGUUAGCCAGUUGGUGGUUUGUGUCUGUUAACAUGUAAAUCCUGUGUCUGGUUCAGCUCUAACUACAUGUGGUCAGAUUAACAUUUCUUGCAGCAAAUGGGGGUUCAUUGAAAACUUAGCCCUAAGGAAUUAGGUAAUUGAAAGUGAUUAUCUUCUGUCUUUUUUUUUAUCUUAUUUCCUUCCCCUUAGUCCCAACUCCUUGUGAAAUGUAACUGAAUAAAUAUUAGGUUUAUGAAGCAAAACAUGAAAGCAUCCCCCCCCCCCCCCACUUUCCCACCACAGGGGGCGCCAGAUACUCAGUCCUUGUGCUCCUGUGGCUUUCCGCCUUCACAGUGCCAGUCUCCAGCAGAGAGGAUCUGUCAAGGAAAAACAUUUAUGCUUAGUAACAAAAAUACGUAUUUUGCAGUUUAAUAACUUCUAAACUAUACUUCAUCUGGUCUCACUAAUUCACAGUGGAUACUGCAUUCUGCAAAAUGCCAGAGCCUCUGUGUCCUGCCAGCGACACGGCUGUGUGCCGCUUUUUAAGACCGACUGGAUUUUCCUGACAUUGCCCCACUGGUGCCAUUUAGUCUACUUCUACCUGGACUUUAGAAAAUUUUAGUACAAUUUUUAUACUUGUCAUAGAAUGCCUGGAACAACAGUACAGGGAGCCAUGGUCCCUCUGCCCUAACUCAUGAUUUGCUUUGCUUUUCCAAUUGCUAUUUUUUUCUGCUUCUCCAAGGACCAAAAUACUCCAUGUGCCCUGGAGCGUGUCUGCAUGGUGGGCCGCAGGCUGCACUGUGCAGGCCACGGGCAUCACAGUGGCCACACUGUGUGCAAGGGCACAUGCUAAGGAAGGUGCCAGUGAAUCGAGGAGAAAAUUACCAAAAAUUCUAAGCGAGGAGCCUUGAACACAUCUUUUAGGAAGGCCUGAAGAUACUUGAGAGUGUGGAGGGAGCAGCGUCCCCACAUUCAUAGGUGGGGUUGUAAAUUUUGGAGGUCAUUUCAUCCCCAUAGCAACGUAUCUCAUUUUGAAAUUGAAGCUAAUUAAAUAGGAUAGACUGUUAGUACUUUGUUGAAAUACAUGCUAAUAACUGUUAAGCAAGGGAAAAUGAAUGAAGGUUUAAUGACAUGGAUUCUGUUAUCAGUGACCUGCAUUCUGUAAAUCAGGUGCUUUCUCGUGAUGUAGGCAUGAAACGGUGCCAAUAAGCUUAGAGUGGAGUGUUAGCUCUGGUGGUCAGAUUCAGCAUUUCCAAUGCAGCAGCAUCCCUGGCCUUUAGAAAUACUGAGCGUAUACUAGCUUUUAUUUUGUUGUUAAAUUAUAGCAGUUUCAUUAUAGAGAACAAGUUUGCCUUGAUUUUGUUUAAAAUGACUUCUGCUCAGCACCCAAAAGAUAAAAUUGACAUAUUUUUAUAAUAUAAGCACACUUUUUCUUGUACAUUGUGUUCAUUCUUGAAUAAAGUGAGUUCAGUGUUGGCUUGUAGAUAUUAAAAAGAAAGUAUUGAUUCAAUAAAUGUUUUCUUUCAA